AUGCCGUGCCGUCUCUUUGACGCCGCCGCCGUCCGAUCCCCUCGCAAAAAGCCCACAACCAAGAUGGGGGGAAAAGACAAGAUGGAGAGAUACUGUCAGAGCACACCAACCCAACAGCAACAAGCAGCAAAGCAGGGCCCAAUAGAGGAGGCUAACGAGUCGCUGACAGCUACCUUCAAACUUGACGUGCGUAACCCUUUCGCACGGCCGCCGCUGCAAGCGAUGUCGACGACGCCGAACCUAGCGGCAGACGCCAGACCAGGAGCUUUGCGGCGACUGCGGGAGAGCUUCGCUCGCGGCUUUUCCAUGGGUGCCACAAAGCCAACCGCCCCGAGUCGAGUCGGGCUGCAGUGA